AUGAAGGUCUCUUUCAUCACCUUCGCGGCUCUCGCCGCACCGCUUGCCCUCGGCAACCCCGUCCCCGCGGCCAACAGCAGCGACGUGCAGGCCCCGGGCCAGCCCAUCACACCGCGGCAGAUCCAGGGCGGCGGCAUCAUCCCCAGUCCGAUGGUCGAUUGCGGCGAUGUCGAGUUACCAGAGGCCGACUGGAAGGGCGUGAUUGAUAAGAUCAAGGACUACGGAAUCCACGGGGGGAAGGUCCAGCCCAAGAAAAUCCACGUCGAGUACUUCGGCAAGGCCGCGUUCUACAUGUGCAACUGCAAGUGGUUUCACUGGGACCCGCUCCCGAUCCAGGAGAUCUCCGAGGCCGCCGAGCUCAUCACCAAGAAGUGCGGGCCUCACCAGACCGGCUGGGUCUGGGCCAACGACUGGCAGAAGGGCUACAACAUCGCGCCGUAUUCGUACGUCCACGGCACCGACGCCCCCCUGCUAUGCCCAGACGAAUGCUUCAAUUAG